UGUGUGUGUGUGUGUGUGUGUGUGUGUGUGUGUGUGUGUGUGUGUGUGUGUGUGUGUGUGUGUGUGUCACACUUUAAGUCCUGCGAGCAUCACCAUGGCGGAGGUGUCGAUCGCUCCGGGGAAGGUGUACGUGGAGGUGGAGUACGACUACGAGUACAAGUCACGUGACCGACUCAUCAGUAUCCGUCAGGGCGAGUGCUUCCUGUUGCUCAAGAAGACCAACGAGGACUGGUGGCAGGUGCGGGCCGAGGACGGGGGCAAGGCCUUCUACGUGCCCGCGCAGUACGUCCGCGAGGCCCGUCGGGCGCUCAUGCCACCCCCCCAGAAACCGCUGCUGCCCCCUGCACCCGUGCCCGCGCCACGCCGACCCUCGUCCCUCAAGGAGCACACGCACGGCCGCAAAGAGCCCCCCAACACACACGUUGGCCACGGCCAGGGCUCCCUCAAAGAGCACCCUCACGCACACACUCACGCGGAGAUGCCUUCGCCAGCGUCCAGCCCCACGUCCGAGAAGGUGCCGCUCAUGCCCCCUAGUGGUGGAGGUGGGGCAGCACAGCAGCAGCAGCCGGUGUGGAAGCACGGCUCCCUGCCCCGAACACGUGCCAGCUCCCCACAGCGCCCCCCGGAGGAGGAGGAGGGGAGAGACAGGGAGAGGGGGAGAGAGAGGGAUGGAGAGAGGGAGAGGGGGAGAGAGAGGGAUGGAGAGAGGGAGAGAGGGAGAGGAGGGGACCGAGAUCAUGGAAAGAGCAGAAACGAGUCGUCGUCUGGAGACGAGCUCAGUAGCAGCUCCACCGAGCAUCUACAGCCGAUGUGUCCCUCUAGUGGUCAGAGGCCGGACUCUCCUGUGUACACCAACCUGGCGGAGUUGAAGCUGAGUAGCUCGUCGCUGCCCCCUGUUCCCUGCUCGCCGCCACUGCACACGCACGGCGCCUGGGAGACGCACCGGCACGCCAGCGGCCGUCACUACUACUACAACACACACACACAGGAGCGCCGCUGGAAACCACCGCGCACGCGCACCGACCACCACACACUUGCCACACACUCACCCGGCACAGAGAGCAAGACUCUGUCAUCUGAGGAGGUGUGUCUGAGCACGUACUCUAGCCAAUCAGAUAGCCUGUAUGGCUCUCCGCCUAGAGGUUGGUCAGAGGAACUGGACGAGUACGGACACACCCUCUAUGUGUGUGACUAUACUAAUGAGAAGUGGAUUAAACACACAGAUGAUCAGGGACGGCAGUAUUACUACAGUGCAGAUGGCUCCAGGUCUGAGUGGGAGCUCCCCAAACUCGUGCAGAUAGCUGGGUUAAGCCCCGCCCCCACCCAGGACACACACAAAACGCGCAGUCUGGACCGCCGACAGCCCGAGCCCAUCGUCCUGACCAAGUGGAGACACAGCGCACACGUCCCUGAGAACGAUAAGCCAUCAGAGAAGUGCGGGGUCCUCAAUGUCACCAAAAUCACAGAAAACGGCAAGAAAGUGCGAAAGAACUGGACUUCUUCCUGGACAGUCCUCCAGGGCUCUUCGCUCCUAUUUGCCAAGAGCCAGGGGGGCGGGACUAGCUGGUUUGGGAGUCAUCAGUCCAAGCCUGAGCUCAGUGUGGAUCUGAAGGGAGCAUCUGUGGAAUGGGCUAAAGACAAAUCCAGCAAGAAGCACGUCUUCGAGGUGAAAACUCAUCAGGGCACUGAGCUUCUGAUGCAGUCGGAUAACGAGAGCCUCAUCAACGAAUGGCUACAUGCCAUCACUGAGGCCAUCAACACACACGUGAUCGGACUUAUAUGCAUAGAGGAGGACAUGCCAGAGUCUCCCAGCCCUGAGAAGCACGACCACGACAAGGACCUCCGGGACUCCAAGAAACUCCGAGGCAUGAAGAGCUCAAGCAGCAUGGACGUGUCUGACCACAGGAAGAGGACCAAACUAAAGAAGUUCCUCACGCGCCGACCCACUCUACAAGCGGUCAGAGACAAGGGCUACAUCAAAGACCAGGUGUUUGGUUGCAGUUUGACUAGUCUCUGUCAGAGGGAAAACGGUACGGUUCCACACUUCGUCAGGAUGUGCAUCGACCACGUGGAGAAAAACGGCUUGAGCGUGGAUGGGCUCUACAGGGUGAGUGGAAAUCUAGCAGUGGUCCAGAAACUCCGCUUCGCUAUCAAUCAUGAUGAGCGGGUGGACCUGGAGGAUGGGAAGUGGGAGGACAUCCACGUCACCACCGGAGCGUUUAAGAUGUUCUUCCGUGAGCUUCCAGAACCUCUCUUCACAUACACACACUUCCAGGAGUUUGUCAACGCCAUCAAAAUCCCAGACUACAGGCAGCGUGUUCAGUCCAUGAAGGAGCUGGUAAAGCAGUUACCCCGGGCCAACCAUGACACCAUGCAGGCUCUCUUCACACACCUCAGGAGAGUGGUGGAGCACGGCGAGGAGAACCGCAUGACGGCCCAGAGUGUGGCCAUCGUGUUCGGCCCGACGCUGCUGCGCCCAGAGACCGAGUCCUGGAACAUGGCGGUCCACAUGGUCUACCAGAACCAGAUCGUGGAGCUCGUCCUUCUGGAGCUUGACACCAUCUUCUCCAGGUAGCCAAUCACAGCUCAGGACUGCUGCGUCAGACAUGCCCACACGCCAUCAUCGGGAGGUUGGGGUUUGGAGAGAUGCACCAACCAAUCAGAAGAAGGGGAAAUGCUCCCUCAGAUGCCAAACCCUGCCUUUAAGAGACUCCGGGUCUGCCUCCUGGAGGGGGAGGCUCACUGUUGAACAAAGGGUGUACACACACACACACACACACACACACACACACACACACACACACACUCCUUAGUGCAUACACCUCUUAAUAUACAUAGAAAUAUAUUAACGUAUCACACUCUGAAAUUAACAGAAGUCUUAAACCCUCCCCUGCUUGUGAUAUUCUUCAAUACUGAACUUUCCCAACUGGAGAUGUUGCUAUGGACACCACUGGAGAUGUUGCUAUGGACACUAUUGAACAUUCCCAACUGGAGAUGUUGCUAUGGACACCACUGGAGAUGUUGCUAUGGACACUACUGAACAUUCCCAACUGGAGAUGUUGCUGUGGACACUACUGAACAUUCCCAACUGGAGAUGUUGCUAUGGACACUCCUGAAAACACUAGAAUAAAACACUAUGGACACUACUAACAACGUCCAGACUACUGAACCUCUGAGCUCAACUGGAGAUGCGUCUGUGAAUUACAGUACUGAACAACCUCCAGACAGCGCUGUAAAAUGUGUGCAGGAAUUUCUUGCAUUAUGAUGGCUAGAGCUGGGGGUUUUGAAUAAAUCAUGCGCUAUGUCUUAGACACUAAUGAACAACCCCAACUGGACUCUUAGAACAACCCCAACUGGAGUCUUAGACACUAUUGAACAACCCCAACUGGACUCUUAGACACUACUGAACAACCCCAACUGGACUCUAUGUCUUAGACACUACUGAACAACCCCAACUGGACUCUUAGACACUACUGAACAACCCCAACUGGACUCUAUGUCUUAGACACUACUGAACAACCCCAACUGGACUCUUAGACACUACUGAACAACCCCAACUGGACUCUUAGACACUACUGAACAACCCCAACUGGACUCUAUGUCUUAGACACUACUGAACAACCCCAACUGGACUCUUAGACACUACUGAACAACCCCAACUGGACUCUAUGUCUUAGACACUACUGAACAACCCCAACUGGACUUGUUUCUGUGAACUCUAAUGAACAUGGCUGUUGGAAAGUCAGUUUUCUGCAUUCCCUUGGGAUAUUCCUUUUACCUUAAGAAUAUGCUCAAGCUUUAAUAG